AUGGCGCGGAGGCCUGAGGACGAGUACGACUACCUGUUCAAGGUCGUCUUGAUUGGCGACUCCGGCGUGGGCAAGUCCAACCUCCUCUCUCGCUUCACCCGCAACGAGUUCUGCCUCGAGUCCAAGUCCACGAUCGGCGUCGAGUUCGCCACUCGAACCCUGCGGGUACCCCCCUUCUUUCCGUGGCAUCGAUGAUCGUUUUCUUUCCUGGUUUUCUUUGUGCUGCCGUGUAUGGAUUAUUGGCUAUUUAUCUUGCAAUCAUUUAGCUUCACUCCGUGGGAUCUUGUUGGUUUGACGAGGUUUCUCGAUUUGGUGACGCCCCUUAUCUAGCUGCGUUUUCCCCCCUUUUCGAUGGUGGAGGACAGUGGUUCUAUAAAUGGUUCUUUUUACACGAGCGCUGAAAUGUGCUCAUCUGGAUCUGCCUUCGGCAAUGGUAAUGCGUGCGUCAUGUUAUUUUGUUAGAUCUGUUUCCAUGUUUGAUGGCUUCCUUGGACAUCUAGGUUUUUGCACCAAUCGAGCUUCGUAUGGAUAUCAACUUCAAUUUAGGAGCGCCACAGGGUAGUAGACUUUUAGAUAGGCGUUUUCUUGGCAAUGUAAAUUUCAGAUCUAAAUCGCUGACAGGAUAUCGAUUGUUUCCAUUUUUUUGUCUUUGUGACUUUCUUUCCUCCCGUGCACGGCAUAUUCUGAUGAGAAGCGCGAAUUUUGUGUUUCUGCCACUAUGUUGUGCAUCCGCGAUUUUGUUUGUCUUAUUCCCAAGUCUAAAUGAUUCUUCCUGGUAACUUUUGAGAGAAUUCUUGGAGCUAAGAUCACACCGUAGAUCCUUCAUCGGGAUUGAGAGGCGGGGAAGAAUGAUCUUUACAAACAUCCUGUGUUGUGUUAUUUGGGGCAUGGAGGAGGUAUCUCAGGGCUCCCAUCUUUGUUGUAUAUCUGCGAUGGUUGCCCACAUAUUUCCUCUUGUAUUGAGAUUAUUCCAACAAUUUUUUAAAAUGAGAGCUCUUUGAAUUCGCGCUGAAGAAAUAGACCGAUACUUCUGUAGUGCCAUGAUGUGGAUGUGAACCAUAAAUAUCGCUUAUAUAUUCUUUUGGCAGUGAAUUUGCUCCUGAGAAUAUAAUUCAUAGACUAUUUUCAAGAAAUCAUGUGAAUUGGCAUGUUAGUACUCACUACUACCAGAAAGUUGUCCUCGAUUGAUAUUACAAAAUCAGGAGUCAAGACAUAAACAUCAGCUCCAAGUCCAUCCGAAAGAAUUUGAGACACGGAACCCAUCUAAAUGAGAACAUGUAGCCAUUUUAAAGGGAAAUGUUGGCCAUUAUAUGGCACUAAAGAUGGGAUCUGAGAAUCGCUCACAGUUUUUACCCAGUUUGGUCUUAACCUGGGGUUGCCUGUCACGAGCUAUCCAUUGUGUAUGAAGAUAGUUAUUACAUGGCAUGAGCCACAGAAGAAGCAUGGCCAUUUACAUGACAUGGAGAUGGUAUUACCUGACAUGAACCAUCCAUUGAAGAUUCAUUUUCCUUUUGGCCUUCUGAUCCACAGAAGAAGCAUGCCCAUUUUGUGUGCAUUAGACUGUCCACUGGCGGGUGAUAUCUAUGAGGUACCGAUGCAUCGACAUGGGUGCUAAAGAAACCGCUGCCUCUAUACAAAUUAAUCUUGUGCAAUGUCCUGUCAGGUGAGAGUGUGUGAGAGUUCAAUCGGCUGCGCCACCUGACUGACAACGAUUUUUCUCAGCCUUCCCUUGUGAUGGGCAGCCUUGUUUGAUACAUGAUGGCUUAAGAAGCCCAAAAGCUCAGGCUCAUGCGAAUUUCCGCAGAUAUUUAUGGGCACUCUUUUUCCAGAUAUCUUGUUUCCAUCUUAUAUUGUUGUCGAGAGCUUACAACGUUGUUCGGUGUUUUUUUUUUUUUUUUUUUGGGUGGUGGGUGAAAAACCCAUAUCUGGAAAUUUCUCUCUGGGAUGAUCGACUAGAAAUAGGAAUGUACAUCCGAAUGUUGCUAAUGUUCUUGAGAAAGAACUAUAUUUUCAGGUGGAGGGGAAGGUGAUCAAGGCCCAGAUAUGGGACACGGCGGGGCAGGAGCGCUACAGGGCGAUAACCAGCGCCUACUACCGCGGGGCGUACGGGGCGCUGCUGGUGUACGACGUGACCAAGCCGACGACGUUCGAGAACGUGAGCCGGUGGCUGAAGGAGCUGCGCGACCACGCCGACUCGAAUAUCGUGAUCAUGCUGAUCGGGAACAAGACCGACCUGAAGCACCUCCGGGCGGUGGCGGCGGAGGACGCGCAGGGAUUCGCCGAGAAGGAGGGGCUCUCCUUCCUCGAGACCUCCGCCCUCGAGGCCACCAACGUCGAGAAGGCCUUCCAGACGAUCCUCGGCGAGAUCUACCGCAUCAUCAGUAAGAAGACCCUCUCCGACGACCCCUCCGCAGCCGCCGCCCACGGGGCCAUCAAGGAGGGCAAGACCAUCGUCGUCUCCGCCUCCGAUGGUGGCGGCGCUCCGAGGAAGCAGUGCUGCUCCACGUGA